UAAAGACCUAUUUGUUUUCCCUCAGUUUUCUGUUGUGUGAAAUUUUUGUAACAUAACAUGCUUUUUACUUCUGAAAACUUGUUGGAAACAGACAAAGGCAUGGAGAAUAGCAUCUAUACCAUUCUCACUAUUCACCGCUGGGAAUCCUUGAAUCAAAUGAAAUAUCAGUUGGCUUCUCUUAGAACCAUCCAUGGAAAACUGGCAUUGAAAUUCCUCAAUUGGGUCAUUCGACAACCAAGUUUGGAAUUCGAUCACCUUAUCCAUAUAUUCUGCAUCACAACUCACAUACUUGUUAAAGCUAGAAUGUAUGAACCUGCAAAAUUGAUUUUGCAACAUCUCUCUCAAAUGGGUACUGGGCCGCAUCCUGUCUUUGCUGCUCUUAUGGCCACCUACUCACGUUGCAACUCAAACCCUUCAGUUUUUGAUCUUCUGAUUAGGAUUUACAUACAAGGAGGAAUGCUGAAAAAAGCUGUAGAGACCUUUCGAUUUAUGGUUUGCAGAGGAUUCAAGUCAUCAGUAAAUACUUGCAAUAAUGUCCUAGCUGCAUUGGUGAAAGAGGGUAGAGUAGAGCGCAUAUGGCCUUUCUUUAAGGAGAUGUUAGCUGGUGGCAUUUGCCCUAAUGUGGGUACUUUCAAUAUACUGUUAAAUGUGCUCUGUCUUGAAGGAAAUCUUAGGAAAGCUAAUUAUGUAUUGAGAAAGAUGGAAGAGACUGGUUAUAUCCCUACAAGAGUUACUUAUAAUACCCUGCUCAAUUGGUACUGCAAGAAGGGUAAGUUUAAAUUGGCUUGUGAGCUGAUUGAUCGCAUGGGUAGUAAAGGUAUUGAAGCUGAUGUAUGUACAUAUAACAUGUUCAUUGACAACUUGUGUAAAAACAAUAGAAGCGCGAAAGCUUAUUUGCUGCUGAAGAAGAUGAGGAAGAAGAGACUUUCUCCGAAUGAAAUUACUUACAAUACUCUUAUUAAUGGAUUUUGCAAGGAAGGGAAGAUUAGAGUUGCUACUCGUGUUUUUGUUGAGAUGUCGAGUUCUAAUCUUGUACCAAAUUGUAUUACGUACAAUGCUUUGAUUGAUGGGUAUUGUCAUGAAGGGAAUCUUGAAGAAGCUUUGAGACUUUUGAAUGAAAUGGAAGCAAUGGGACUGAGGCCUAAUGAGGUUAGUUAUGGAUCUGUUUUGAAUGGGUUUUGCAAGGCUUCCAGGUUGGAUUCAGCAAGAUGUCUUCUUGACUGGAUGAAGAUGACUGGCAUUCCUGUUGGCCAUAUGGCAUAUACAAUGAUAAUAGAUGGGUACUGUAAAAUGGGAGAUCUCAACGAAGCUAUAGAAUUGCUCAAUAGAAUGCUGAAUGUUGGUGUGGAUCCUGAUGUUGUCACAUAUUCGGUGCUUAUAAAUGGAUUCUGCAAAGUGGGAAAGAUAAACCAUGCAAAGGAGAUACUUUGCAAAAUGCAUAGAGCUGGAGUUUUGCCCAAUAAAAUUAUAUAUUCUACUAUAAUCCACAACAUCUGCAAGCAUGGAAAUGUUGUUGAAGCAAUGAAGUUCUACGCAGGUAUGACUCAUUGUGGUCAUUAUGUGGACCUCAUUACAUGUAACACAUUGGUUGCUUCUCUUUGUAGAUGUGGGAAGUUGGUAGAGGCUGAAACCUUUAUGCAACACAUGGGUAGGAUUGGCCUAGUUCCUAACUCCAUUACCUUUGACUGUAUCAUAAGCGGCUAUGGAAGUAUAGGUGACGGGUUAAGAGCAUUUUCCUUGUUUGAUGAAAUGAUUAGAUUAGGCCAUCACCCAAGUCCUUUAACCUAUGGAAGCUUGCUAAAAGGACUAUGCAGGGGAGGAAAUUUGGAGUUGGCAAAGAAAUUCUUCCAUAAACUCCACUGUGUUCCUUUCGCUGUAGAUAGUGUUCUCUAUAACACAUUAUUGGCAGGUGUAUGUAAAGCAGGGCAGUUGGAGGAGGCAGUCGUGCUAUAUGACGAGAUGGUACAAGGUGGAAUACUUCCUGAUGCUUACACGUAUACUAUUCUUCUCAGUGGGUUUUGUAGGAAGCAAAAGCCUCUUGCUGCAGUUUUGUUUUUUGGAAAAAUAAUGGAAAUGGGAUUUUUACUUCCAAACCAGGUCAUUUACACUUGCAUGGUUGAUGCUCUUUUCAAGGGUGGGCUGCCAAAGGUUGCUAUGUUUUUAUAUGGAGAGAUGCUGGAGAAAGGCUUGUAUCCAGAUACAGUUGCACUGAAUGCAAUUAUUGAUGCACACUCAAGGAUGGGAAAGAUGUGGAAGGUGGAUGGUUUUGUUUCCACAUCAAUCAACUCAACUUUCUCAUUUAAUCUGGUUUCAUUUAACAUUCUCUUACAUGGGUAUUCCAAGAAACAGCUAUUUACAAGAAUGUCUGUACUCUACAAUGCCAUGAUCAGAAGGGGUUUUAUGCCAGAUAAACUUACACAGCAUUCCCUAAUUCUUGGACUUUGUCAAUCCAGUAUGCUUGACAUUGCUGUUAAAUUUGUAGGAAAGAUGGUAAUGGAAGGUAAUAUUCCGGAUCAGCUGACAUUCAACAUGCUCAUUACCAAGUGCAGUGAAAAUGGUAAUAUGCAAAAGGCUUUUUAUCUGUUUAACUGCAUGCAUAGGUUAGGUGUCAUGCCUGAUGGAAAUACCUACAAUUCCAUUAUUAAAGGACUCAAUAGAAAGUGUUGCUUUCUAGAAUCACAUAUUGUUUUGUAUGAAAUGUUGGAGAAGGGUUUUUUUCCUACUUGCAAACAUUAUAUUACUUUGAUUAAUGGAGCAUUUCGAAGGGGGGAUAUAAAAAGAGGAUUCAGGCUAAAAGAGGAAAUGGAAGCACUAGGUUUAGGGUCUCGUGAUGUAGCUGAGAGUGCUCUUGUUAGAGGACUUCUACGGUGUGGGAAGAUUGAAGAAGCAAUGCUAGUUUUUGAUUGCAUGCUUCGUACGGGAUUGGUUCCAACUAAUGCUACCUUUACUACUGUGAUGCACAAUCUGUGCAAAGAAGCUAACACUGUGGAAGCGUUGAAGUUAAGGGGUUUGAUGGAACUCUGUGGAAAAAAGCUUGAUGUUGUUGCUUACAAUGUCCUCAUAACAGGUCUUUGCAACAAUGGUAAUGUUGCUGUUGCCUUUGAACUGUAUGAGGACAUGAAGCAAAGGGGUCUUUUGCCAAAUCUCACCACUUAUUCUGUCCUCAUUGAUGCUAUUUACAGAAAAAGUGAUCUUUUUAAGGGAGAAAUGUUAUUAAGGGAUCUACAAGAUAGGGAAUUGAUCUCUCCUGACGGGAAUACCAGGGAUUUGCAUGACGGGUUGAUGUAUGCUAUGAGAAAACUAAAUUUGUUGAGGCAUAAGAGAAGGAAAUGGGACCACAAAGUCUGUAGAUAAGGUUGAAUUGCAGCAUUAGCUAGCUUGCUAAAGUUCCACUGGUUGGUGAUGCUGGGAUCUGGUUCUUUCUUGUGUAAUCAACAGGGAUGCUCAAAACUAGAGGUUAAAGCACCCAUUGUUCGUGGAUUCAAUGUC